GAAAAGAUAAUUAUUAUAUUGUAGUUAAUGUUUAGUGUUGUCGUUAUCCCUCGUUUAUCUCUCUUCUUAUCUAAAAUAGAGGAUAUUUUUGUGGUAAUAUUUGCUUAGUUUUAUAGAUACAGAUUGUGGUAUCGAUUCGCAUAAGAUCAGUCGCGAACGUCACCACGAGAACAUUCAGCAGAAUUGUAUAUUAUUAUUUAUGAGACCAUCUGUUUGUGAAACGCUCAGUGUCAACGGUGUCAACAGACAUACGAACGCGCCUCUGUCAGUUGCGGCCAAGAAUUCGCAAGUAAAGCUUUGCGUGUGUAUUCGUCUUCCAUUUGAUCAAAGAAUAAGCGACUAGAAUUUAUGAAGCAAAAGACUUAUGUAAUUAUAUAUAGUAGCAUGCAGUCGAUCGAGAGUAUAAGAUAAGCAUUGAAAGUGUCUAGGUCGCAUUGUUGUCUAAUAAAAAAUUUAAAAGAGAAUUGGCGCCGCAUUUUUAUUUGUGUUCGUUCGUGAAGGCUUGUGUAUAUAAUAGUGUGAGCAUUUGUAAUCAGUUAACGGAACACUUGUUUAACGAAGCGCGAGAGAUGUUGGACGCUGACGAUAAUAAUGACGCGACAGUCAACAUGCUCGACCGUAGUUGCCCAGUUCAGCUGAGUGAGUCGGAAAAACUGAUGAGAAGACUCAUGGAGGAAGAACGGAAGUCACAAUUGUACAUCGAAUUUAAGAAUCUCAGCUACUCGGUUUACCGUAAAGGGAUCAAAAAGACGAUCUUACACGAUGUGACCGGACACUUCGAACCCGGGAAAGUGUCAGUGAUAAUCGGUCCUUCCGGCGCGGGAAAGUCGACGCUGCUGAAAAUCAUCUCGGGCGAGCGAUGGGUCAAUGUCAACGGCACCAUUUAUGUAAACGGCGUCGAACGAAACAGAGGAACAUUCCGCAAACAUGUAUGUUACGUGCCGCAACAAUUCGAAUUGCUGCCGCUUCUCACGACGAGGGAGACCCUCUAUAUAGCGGCUAGACUGAAGAUGAACGUCAAGCAAAACGAGCAAGCGAAUGCUCAUGUGAUCGUAAACGAGAUCGCAGAGAGUCUCGGUUUAACGAAUUGUCUAGACACGCUGACGAAAAAGUUGAGCGGAGGUGAACGCAAGAGACUCGCCAUCGGUGUGGAAAUGAUUGAACCGUCCGUUUUUUUAUUAGACGAGCCGACGAGCGGCCUCGAUAGCGCUGCAUCUAAUCAACUCAUUAACGUGCUGCAUAAUAUGGCGAGAGCGAACUGCACCGUGAUUUGCGCGAUACAUCAACCUAGUAGUCAAAUGAUCUCGCAGUUCGAUGACAUUAUGGUACUUAAUCGAGGUAGAUGUAUGUACUGUGGUCCGAAAGACGAGAUACUUAACACAUACGAGAGCGCCGGGUUCACAUGCCCGCGCUUCUACAACAUUGCUGAAUUCGUACUGGAAGUAACAACCGAACAGAGAGAUGAAGAUUUAGAGAAUCUAUACAAGAUAUGUCGUAGUCAAUAUGAAAAAUACAAAUUGCGUCAUAAAAAUGAAACAGACUCGGAUGCGAUUUGUUCCAACCAGAAUAUCGAAAGAGAUGACGUGGUUGGUCACGCAAAUAAUACUAAAAAGCAAAGAUUAUCUACGUGGCAACAACAAAAAAUAUUAUUUUCAAGAGCUUUUAUUUGCAUCAAGCGUGACACCAUCAUGACAAAGGUGAGAUUUGCGAUGCACGUUAUAAUAGGACUGCUCUUAGGAACAUUUUUUUAUGACUUUGGCGAUGACGCGGAAAAAGUGCAGAGCAACAUGGCUUAUUUAUUUUUUAUUCUGCUUUUUUUAUAUUUUACAAAUUCGAUGCUGGCGAUUUUAAUGUUUCCCACAGAAGCGGCAGUAUUUCUACAGGAACAUUUAAAUAAUUGGUACUCCUUCAGAUCUUACUAUAGCGUAAAAAUAUUAACAGAUCUUCCGAUGCAAAUACUUUGUUCCUCAUCCUUCUUGUUUACAUCAUAUUACUUGUCGGGACAGCCAAUGGAAUCGAACAGGAUUUUCGGAGUGUGGAUUGUUGGCGUGUUGAUAACAAUUCUUGGGCAAACAAUCGGAAUUUUGAUGGGUGUGGCUUUCACGCUUGAGAUGGCUACUUUUUUAACAACGGCAUUAAGUAUACCAUUUUUGCUGUUUGCCGGAUUUUACUUGAAGAUAGGGGAGAUGCUGGUGUUCCUGCAACCUUUAGGCACCCUAAGUUUUUUCAGAUACGCGUUUGAGGGAUUAAUGCAGGCGAUCUACGAUUUCGAUCGACCAAAUUUACGUUGCAUACAAACUUUCUGCUAUUUUCGUUCUCCAAACGUCAUUCUUUCAGACUUGGGUGUGCCUACGGUACCGUUUUUUGUAACUUUAAUAAUACUCGGCUGUUGGAUAUUCCUCACACAUGUUGUCAUCUAUGUGGUGCUUUGCUGGAAAAUUUAUUACGCGAGAAAGUGAUACAUAAAAUUACUUUUACUGAUGAACAUUUACUUACAUAUACAUGUAUAUAUGUAAAUACAUAAAGGGAAAAAAUUUGUUCCACGAUUA